CAUUUCCUGCGGUGCCGCUUAUGGGAACUGGCAUCAGACACGUCUGAAGCGCACUUGCUCGACGCCACGCGGUCCGCAACGUUUCUGGGCGACCACUGUCCGACGCGGCAACUUCUGAUUACAUUGCUCUCUUAGCAACUUCAAUAAUGUCGUCCGCUGCUGCUCGUGCCGAAGCGCGUCGCAAAGCAAUUCUAAGUCGAGGAACGGAUCGACUGGCGAAAUUGACAACCUCGUCUGGACGUCCAGAAGACGCCCCAGUUCCAGGGCAAAGCCAAACCCCGCCAAGACCUCCACCAGCAGCUUCAAUUGAAGACCCAGAUCCCCCAUUGCCCUCUCUUCCGCCAUUCGCACCUCCGCCUAACAUCAGCAAUUUCCUCGGCGAAGAAAGUCCUGCGUUGCCUCGCUCCAGGGUCUCAUCCACGACUGGACGCUCGCGUACUACGAGUGGUCCUAGUAAUCCCCUAGGCAUGCCAGAUCCGUCCGCCUGGUCGCCCGAGCAGCAAGAGCAAUUCAUGGCCGCAAUGAUGGGUGGCUUACCCCCGCAACUGACGUCUGGUGCUUCAACUCCCGGUGCGCCCCCUUCGUACGAAGACUCGAUGCCCCCUCCCAAUCCAUUUGCCGGAAUGCCUGGCAUGGAGAACAAUCCGCUUGCUGCGAUGCUGAUGUCUGCUGCGGGUGGUGGAGGGCCCUUCAGUGGAGAGACUUCCGCUUUGCCUUCUAAGCCGAAAACGCUGCUGCAACGGGUCUUACCGCUGGUCCAUAUUGCGGCUGUUUGGGCAUUGGUUCUCUAUUUUGUUAUCAUCAGGGAGCCAAGCGUGUACAUGAGCACCACUGGAUGGGGUUUGGGCACGGGAAAAGGAGUUGCAGACCGGUGGGAGCGGCUGGUACACACAGCGAGUGGGUCGAGCGGUGUGCAAGUGAUGCCAUUCUUUUGGGCAUUUGUGACGCUAGAACUCAUCCUGCACUCUCUCCGCAUAUUUUCUGGCUUUGACACUUUCCGUCCGCCAACGUUGCUUGCCAUAGCGUUGCCGCACCUCCCAUCAUCAGUUUCUGCGACCAUUGUGCAUGGUAUGAAGUAUUGGCAGAUGGGCUCCAUGUGGCUGGAUGAUAUCGCGGCUGCGAUCGUUGCAGUCGGAUUUGUGGUCUGGUUAUCCACGUGGUUAGCCGUGUAGGAAUGUAAUUUUGAAAGCCCUUCGAAACUAGAGAGCGCCGUCUCCGCCGGCAGAGUGCCUUGCUCUAUUCAUGGUCAUAAUGAUCAAUAGUGACACAUUGACGGCCAGCAGAGAGUUGUUGAGG